AUGGGGGGCCCCCCAGCAGCUGCUGCUGCCGGAGGCGGCUGGAUGGCUCUGGGCCGUCGAUGGUUCUCAAGCUCCGUUAUUGGCCGGGAGACGCGGGCAGUUCCAUGGGAGCCACGGGAGCAGCUCCUUCAGGCUAGAAAAGAGCCUCGAUACAUGGCUGAGUGCAAAGGGACCCCGCGCAUGGAAUAUUCUGAGAAUAUGAUUGAUGGGAUUCGCAUCCGCCCCACCUUCAACCCUUUUGUCAAACUUACUAGGGCAAAGAGAUAUGUACUCGACAACUGGCCCUCGAGGAACUGGGCAGACUGGAACCCGUACAGCUGUUUCGUGAGGGGCAGUCGGCGGCGCUAUCACAUCCCCAAAGACAUCAUGCCUUACAAAGACGAACUCGGAGAAUGGCAUCCCCCUCGGUACAGCAAGGGUUUAGGGUUUUUAAGACUUUCUGGCCGAUACAAAGCGGACGUCGAGCGGCAGUACCGCCUGAACGGCCUUGAGUGGGUGUGGGUGAAAAACUUCUAUAAGGAGAAGAUGCACUUUCGUGACAGAGAACCAUUGGGUCCCAAGAGGUGGUAUAUUCGAGAGUUCAGGCAACAGCAAGUGAAAGAGGCCAUGAAGAAGAUGGACGACCUCGUGGCGGAUUACCGCAAGGAGGUGAGGGACAAGCAGCGUUACAACUGGUUCGAGAAGGUAGUCCACGACUUCGCGGGGGAGCAGCUCUCCUCGGAGUACCUUAGAAGCCGCAAGGAGCCUAAGAUGUAG